AUGAACUCUUCCAUUGAUAAGGACAUGAGUGGCCUGUUGCUGCGAAAGACUGUAUCCGAUGUUACAGGUGAAAUGAACAAACUAGGCAAGGAAUUGGAAACCAAUGUUGAAUUGGAUGAUGAACUUCUUCAAGCUGCAGAAUGUGAAUGCUGUGGCCUCAAAGAAGAAUGCACAAAAGAAUACAUUACAAACAUCAGAAAUUCACAUUCUGGUAAAUGGGUUUGUGGGCUUUGUUCUGAAGUUGUGAAAGAAAGAUUAAAGCAUGAACCCAUCAUAACCAUUGAAGAAGCUGUAAGCACACACAGAAAUUUCUGUCAAGAAUUCAAUUCUACCACAAGACUUAACCCUAAACUCUCCUUGGCAUGUGCUAUGAGGAAUAUAGCCAAAAAAAGUGGUGAGAAGAGAAGAAAUAAUUCAUCCUCAUCAAAAAUGAUUACUAGAAGUUCUAGCUGUGUUCCAAGGAUUGAUUAUAACAUGAAAUAA